ACGUACAGAGUUAACACUCUGCCUUGCUAUGAUUGGAUUAGAGAGGGGUUUAGAGAGUCAUAGGGGAGAAGCAAGCAAGCAGGAGAAACGGCGUUGGUGAUGUUGACAGCUGCCAUCAACCGUAGAGAUAUUAAAACUGGAUAAAGGAGGCGACGGUUUACUGAGGCAGACAUUUUUUCUUAGCAUUUCAGACGAAAUCGGGACUGAAGCGCUCUAUUCCGGUUGGGUGGGGUGAUGUUUAAGUUCCGGUAUAAACUGAGUGAAAUGGGCACCAAACGGAACGUGGACCCGGCUGCCGACGCAGAUACUAUAUCUGGGGAUAUGAGAAGUUUAAUCGCACACAGGGCGGCGGUAUAGACCAGUUGGGGAGGUCGCAGGCGGUGGAGAAGCGUGUAUAUGCGGCGCCCCUCUGCCCCCUGUCCGUCAGAACGAUGAGGAAGCUAUUUGCAUUCUGUUGUUUCUUUCUUAUUACUGGAGGAGCAGACCGGUCGACGGCGGGCAGGUCCCUAACGAACAGCAUCAACAACAAUACAAACGUGACGGCCGACAGCAGCAGAAGGUAUAUAGAAAUCGGGGACGGAUCUUCGCAGGAAUUUGAGUUUCCCGAAAACACUAAGGGCGUGAUUGUAAUCUCAAGUCAAUACCGGAGCUCCGCCGCGAGCAGGAAGGGUCGCGAGAGCUGGAAGCAGACGGUGAAAGUCCGGUCGCUAGACCCCGAGGUUCUCUCCAUCCUGAAUGUUACCGACAGUGGACACGCUGGUCCAGUAAAGAGUUACAUUAUUAGUAUACGGUCCGGUUUACCAGGUCGAGCUCAGCUGCUUAUCCAGCUUCUGGACUUUGACCAGGACUCAGCGCCGGUUCUGAUCGAGGAAAGGACAGAUUACUCUAUCAGGGUAGCGCCCGGCAACGAUGAUCCGGCCGCUCGGCUCCUGCAGUCGGGCGGUCUGUCCCACUUCUCGGAGAACCCUGUGUUGUUCGCUUUGCUGCCCUUGAUCUUCAUCAACAAGUGUGCCUUCGGGUGCAAGGUGGAGGUGGAGGUUCUCCGGGGCCUCCUGAAGAGGCCCGUGCCUCUGCUCCUGGGUGUGGCCGGCCAGUUCCUGGUCAUGCCGCUGUACGCGUACAGUCUGUCCCGUCUCACCUACCUGCCCAAGGCCCUCUCGCUGGGCCUGGUCAUCACCUGCUCUGCCCCCGGCGGUGGCGGAGGCUACCUCUACAGCCUGCUACUGGGGGGCGACGUGACUCUCGCCAUCUCCAUGACGCUGGUCUCCACGGUAGUGGCGGCGGCAGCCAUGCCACUGUCGUCCGCCCUGUACGGCCACCUGCUGGGUGUCCAUGCCGCGCUCCACGUGCCCUUCGUCAAGAUCCUGGGCACCCUUCUCUUCAUCGCCAUCCCCAUCUCCCUGGGCAUGCUGGUGAAGCUGCGCCUGCCCGGCCUCACCCGCGUCCUGCUCGCCCUCAUACGCCCCUUCAGCUUUGUGCUCAUCGUGGGCGGGAUCUUCAUGGCGUACCAGAUGGGAGCGUCCAUCCUGGCCAACGUCAAGCCCCAGAUUGUGGCGGCCGGGGUGACGGUGCCCAUGUUUGGGCUGGCGCUGGGUCUGUUGAUGGCGAAAGCGGCAGGGUUGGCGGUGCCACAGAGGAAGACGGUCAGCAUCGAGAUCGGGGUUCAGAACAGCCUCCUGGCGCUAGCCGUCAUGCAGCUGUCGUUCCGGCGCGCCGAGGCGGACUUUGCUUCACAGGCACCGUUUAUAGUGGCACUCAGCAGCACCACAGAGAUGCUCCUGAUUGUCCUUGGACACUUUGCACACCGCAGGUUCUGCAGGGUAGAAGGCCCGAGGACUGAUACCAGACCAGACCUGGGCCAAUAACCUAGACGAGUAGUGUCUGAGUUGUGUUUCAUUCACGUAAAAGUCUGUGCCUGUUCCAUGGAUUUGGGUUGGUACAGUUAAUGACCCCAACCAUAGUCCUUGCAACAGUAUUUGUAAACUUGACCGAGGUCUGUACUUGAUUGUAGUCCCUUGAUAGUUGUUGUUCUGACUGACUCUGUGUGCCCUGAGGAGGCGAGACCGGCCUCACUGAAGGGGCUGCCAAUCACACCAGAACCAGUCGAGGGACAAGACAAAUCACAGCGACACUGUACAGGACAGUGAAUGGACAUUCUUGUUUUUUUUUCUUUUAUUCUUUCUUGAAACCAAAGGCCUUUUUAUCUUCCCCCCUCCCCCGCCCCCAUUUCUUUACAUUCUUUUUCAAUCAGAUUGUACUGAGGUACUUACUGUAAAUAAGAAUAUUAAGAAGAGAAAUACCUAUAAAGAAAAUAUAUUUUUCUACCAGAUUUUUUUUCUAAUUGAAAUGAUUGAUUUGUAUCAUGUUUACAAGAGGUAUAUGUGUAGGAAUGGGAAUGGUAUGAAAAAACAAAACAAAAAAAAGAAUAUUUGUUGGAUGGGAAUUUAUAGUAUCUGGAAAGUAUUGCUACUGAUUGUGUUUCCUGGAUUCAAAAGUGGUUGUCUAAGAAUCCACGUACUUGAAUAAAAAGAUACAUGAAAAAGAAAUAAAGCAUUUAUAAAAGCAUAA